AUGACAGAGGUGCAGGAGAUGAUGGGCAUGCUGCCAUCGCUACUGCAGGCCGAGUCGGAAGGGCAAGGCCAGGAGGGGUCGGCGGCGCUGCAAGAGGGCGCCGCGGGUGCGGCGGAAUUGGGGGUUCCGCCGAGCAGCCACCGAGAGCUGUAUCCUGCGGUGGUCGUCAGGGAGGGCGACACUGCUGGAGGAGAGAGCAGCAGUAGGCCGGGCGUGGAAGGCGCCCUGGUGCGGGAUGUGGAGGUCCCUGCUGCAGGUGGGUUUGGUGCAUUCCAAGACACCAACUCUCUUCGUAGUACGUUCGGCAGUGCUUGCGUACAGCAGUCUGCUGCCGCUGGAGACACUGGUGAGAGUGUCACAGCAACCGAUCAAUCCAUUCAGGGGAGGUCGGGUGGAGAAUGCGGCACGGCGGAAGGGUCGUGUCCACUGUUCUGCCUUGCUGUAGUAGCGGGCGGGGCGCACAGAAGUCGCCGGAAUUGAUGGUGCAACAGAACGGACGGAGGGGCCGUGAAGUCGCGCAGUUUUGGCGCGCACUCCAUCUGCGGUAAGGCGGUGGAUCAACAUGAAAGGCGUUAGAGUAAUCGGCGCAACAGAACGGACGGAGGGGCCGUGAAGUCGCGCAGUUUUGGCGCGCAUUCCAUCUGCGGUAAGGCGGUGGAGCACCAGGACGGUAGAGAGACCGUUGGGCAGGAUUGCCGGAGACACUCAACCAUGGAUCGACCGCGCGACGGCGCGGGGGGGGGUGGGCGCCGUACAUGCUUGAUGCUGGCGGUGUUUUGUUAAGUCGAUCCAAGGCCGGCAGUAGAGGCCGGGUACGCCCUACCACGGUUGACACGCGCGACGGCGCGUCGGGGGGUGGGCGCCGAUCACGCGGGAGCGGGCGGCGUUUUUUUACCACAGCACGGACGGAGGGGCCGGGCCGUGGCUGUUCUGCCUCGUCAUAGGAGCGGGGGGAGUAGCAUAUUAAGUCGCGCGGAGGUGGCGCGCAACCAUCAGCCGGAGGUGGGUGGUGGAACGGGGCACAGCUAAGUGGGUGUCAUCAAAGUCGCGUGGGGAGGUGCCGCGCGCAUUUCAUCAGCCGGGAACGAGCGGUGGAGACAAGAAUGCGUCAGGAUGGACGUGAGGAAUUAAAGGCGUGCUUCGCCAUCAAGAUGUGUUGGUGGAGUAGUUGGAAUAAGCUUGGAUUUUGUUGUCUUGUUUUGUGUGGAGGUACCAGUUUGAGGUCGUGAUGAAAUUAAGCAAUUUGUAUUCGAGGAAAUUCUGUUCACUGUUGCGUGUUUCUUUCCGCCGUCAUUUGCGCGUUGUCUUGCACCCAAAUCGUGGUUGUUCUGAAUGUUUGUGUUCGUCGUUAUGCCAUUAGUGCAUCCUUCGCCGGUGACGUUGUGUUGCUGGUGAUGAUGGCAAAGUGUCGGGGGGUAGAGACGUUCACGUUGGUAGAAUUUGCCACCAUCACUCAUGUGUGGGGGCUACGCGGUUAUAUGUGACCCACGGCCUAAGUAGGAGGCGCAACAAGUGUUUUGUUUACCUGAGUUGUUGCAGAAUAAGGGAGGGUGGAAACGGGCGUGUUUCUUUUGAGAAUGUUACGCUUGGGGAGUACGCCCGGUCUUGGUAUUAUGCAACUUGACAGGUUGGUGUGUCGGGCAGGUAUGCAGUUGUUAGUGGAAGUCGAUUUGUUUUCACGUACGGAAGCAUGUUGGUUGUGUCUGUUUUGGGAAGCGACAUCUAGGUGAUGGCCAUGUGCGUGCUCCUCUGGGCGCCGGUGUUGUGCAAGGGAGGGCACUAGGCUUAGGUUCCUGGUGUGCUUGUCUAUAAUGCAGACAGCGUAGAUGCUUGGGGUUCGUAGUACAGCGUUACCAAGUUGCGGGGGGGCGUUUGUGUUUUGCGCAGUUGUGCUUGAAGGUUCAGUAGCAAGUUGAUGUAUCCUUGAUUGAAGGAGAACUGAGGAUUGAUUUGGUAGUUUGCAGAUGGUGGACCUUGUUUGAAGCAGGCUACAUUCGGCAGGUUGUAUAAUUCUCAAAAGCGGGCAUCCUUUGGAGAAUCGAGUUUGAUUGGUUUUUCAGUUUGAAACAGGUCAUGAUUUUGAGUUCGUGUAGGAUUGCAGAUGGUUGAACCGAAGGCAGGGAGAACGUACCUGUUCGAUGCAGUUUUCGUGUAGAAUGUAGAUAGACAGGGAGGGCGUUGCCUGAAUGUGUGUGACACCUGAAGAAUCAGUUGGUGCUGCACAGCAAGGAGUUCGUUCCAUCAUGUCGGAAGGAUUUGUCAGAGGCGUUGCUCGAGGUAGUAGAGCGUUGCCUAGAAUUUGUAAUCCGAGCGUCUGGAGUGGUUUUAUCUUUGUCUUCUUGCAGUACGGCCGUUGGAAUCAUUGGUGAUAUGGACAGCUAUUGGAUUUCGUUUGAGCCGUUGGAAUCUUUCGUGAUAUGAUCGGCGUGAGGCGCUGAAUUUCUGAGGGGUUUUGAUCCGGUGGCCGGGUUACCCCUUUACUUUUGGUUUGUCUCGAAAAGUAGCCGUUACGUAGGACGCAGCUGGGAAAACUUGAAGGGUAUGUGCUGAGAGGCUUUGGAUGAUAGUGCGGAGUCCCCGUGUUCUCUCGAGAAUUGGGGCCUCUCCUCCUUCUCCCU